AUGCCCCAGGACGUGAAGACGUGCUUCGGGAAUCUACAUAAUUCCCGACGUCUCCACCGUCCAAUCUCAGAGCGCCGUCACCUGAAGCCUGUGACUGACAUUCUAUCAUCAUCAGUGUCAAACCCCGAGGCGUAUUCUCUGGCAUCCCGGCAUGUCAUCCUCCCCUUCGAUAUUCACCAAGAUCCCGCCCAAUUCCACGAUAAAUCCAACUAUGACCUUCUCUUCAAUCUCUUUCCUGGUGUCCAAGCAAUUGGAUUUGAUGACUAUACUCUCACUUUCCGCUUUCUGGAACUUCCCGCCCAGCCGUGGCCAAAAACAGUUGCCGGAGUCCCUAGUUAUCUCACUGCUGAUCCAAAUGACCAGGGUCCCACGGGGCCGCUUGGCCACUGGAGCCGCUCACGGAUCUCAUUACAGGGGGAUCUAGAUCUAAGAAGAAACGACGCCGCAGUGGGUCUGAUAUUUGACCUAGUUCGGGAUUUCUGUUCCGGGAACCAGAUCGCGAUAAACGAGAUCCAAUUUUGGGGAAGCUUCGUCAUCAUCGUCUUAGACCAUGACAGUGACGAUGUUCUGGAUGCCGUUCCAGGCUCAGUGGCUAGAUGCCCCUGUUUCUACCUCUUUGAGGCCGAAGUGUGGAAGGAUUGUGGGUCGCAUGUGCUCAGAGCCAAGCCAACUCUGCCCUCCCACCACGUCGAUGACACCAAAUACCAAACGUUGAGACCUGGUGUGAUGAUAAGUGCCGGAAAGCCCCGCGGCCAAGACGACGAGAUACUGAGUUCAUCCGGCAUCCUGGUGAAAGACAAACACGGUCGUGGAUACAUGACAGCCGCCGCGCACGCAUUUCCUGACGGUGAUUUCGACACCUUGGUUUACCACCCUCGCUUCUCGGACACACCGCUGGGGAGGAUAGAGACCAUAGAGACAAACACAGACAUUGCCCUAAUAAGGCUGGCCCGCGAUGUUCACUAUGUAAACGAACCUUUUGAAAACACCGUCAACCCCGGCCCUCCUGUCAAAUUCAAGGAAUUUGCACGUGCCGCCUCGACCAGGCUGGGCGAGUCUUGUCGGAUGGACACCCCGUCUUCUGGAUACGUGGAAGGGACAAAGAGAGUGCAUGCCAUUAGGAAACUCCCUCGGGUGUGUGCUUACGAGACAAAAGAUACGUGGAUACCCGCGGACUGGCUCUAUAUGGGCCAAGGCUCGAGCAUGGCCUUGUCGAGUGAAGGAGCUGGAUCCGUUGUCUGGAAUACAGAUCACCAAGUCACUGGGUUCUUCCGAUAUGCUCCUCAGUCGGGAAUCUUUAAGGAUUACGCUCAGGUUAUUGCUGCUGAUAAUCUUAUUGAUGACGGGUAUACCAUUGCCUAG